UGGUAUAUGGCACCAUUUGUCCCAGAGGAAACUUGACAUUAAAAACAUCAAAGAUAUAUAUGCAUAUCAAAUGAGCAGUCACAGAUCUUUGGCAAUCAAGAAGAGAUGCAGCACUUUAAAAUUAUAAAAUCUUUACAGAUUAUCAAUUUGACCUCAGUGUAGAUUGCUUGCCAGGAGUUUCUAGAAGAAUAGGAACAAUUUCCUGACCGUACAUGGAAAAAGUGACCAGCAACCCUAAAAUCUUUCCUCCAAUAACAUUGUAUUGUUGUGGUCUUUAGUGGUCAAAAUAAAUAAAUUUUGAAACUGCAUUGCUGAAAAAUAUAUAUCCAAAAAAUCUGUAUAUGUUGAAAUUUCAUGUGCAUAUUGCUGUUCAAAUGAUUAAUCAGCUUUGACAAACUUUUAUCAAGUGUUUUCAGUUCUGAAUUCCAAUCUCCACUUGCCUUAUCCUGCACAUAAACAUUCCUAAUUGCAUCAUAUUCAUAAUAUCUGGUAGUUUUGAUGCAAAUUCUACAUUGAUUAUUAUCCUAGUCUGCUACUUCCAUUUCAGCUCAGCUAUCCUGAAGUUGAACUCAGCAGAUACAAAGGGGAAAAUUUUUCCUAUUUGCAGUUCUCACCUUAUAGUUGUGGAUUUAUGUUACGACACUCCCUAGUUUACAUAUAUCAGCCUCCUCAGUUAUUGUGGAUGAAUACUUCUCUAUUUUUUCUCUCACAGAUCCCAACUAAUACACAUUUUGAAAGUAAUGCAAUUUCAAAAAAAAGUAUCUUAAGGAUAAAUGAGUAUUUUUGUCUCUCCCUUUUGUAUAUGUCUGAAAAUAGAGAAUGUGUUGCCCCUCAUAUACUGUGUUAAAGUUUCUCUCAUAUUUUUCCCCUGAUAUUCUUUCCCCACCCAUCUAAUUGUGCAAUGCAUUGUAUUAUGUAAUGGAAAUGUUAUUUUCUCUUCUUGUUUUGAAGUUUCUACAGUGUGUGAAAGGAAAUGGAAAAUCAGAACACCACAGUCACUUUUUUUGUCCUUUUGGGAUUUUCAUACAUUUAUCCAGUCAAUAUUUUCCUUUUCUUGGCAUUUUUCCUGAUGUAUGCUUUGACUUUAUUGGGAAAUGUUAUGAUUAUGGUAGUAACAAAUUAUCUCCCCAACCCCAUGUAUUUUUUUCUAGCUCAUCUGGCUUUUCUUGACAUGUGUUUAUCUUCUGUUAUUGUGCCCAAGCUGCUGGUGAUUUUCUGGGCAAAAAAGAAUAUUUCAUAUUCUGACUGCUUUAUUCAGAUAUUCAUUGUCUUUCUUACAGGAGGCACUGAAGAUUGUGUCCUUGCUGCAAUGGCUUAUGACCGAUAUGCUGCCAUUUGCAAGCCCCUCCAUUAUAUACAAAUUAUGAAUAAAUCAUUUUGUAAGUGGCUGGUGGGUGGAGCAUGGGCAGUUGGCUUCUUAUGUGCUUUUGUAAAUAUAUUACCUAUUUUGAAGCUAGAUUUCUGUGGACCAAAUUUUAUCAAGGAUUUCAGCUGUGAAUUUCCAUCUGUACUUGCAUUAUCCUGCACAGAAACAUCCUCCAAUUGGAUGGCAUUUCUGAUAUCAGGUAGUUUUGUUGCAAGUUUUUCAUUGAUUAUCAUUUUUGUCUCCUACAUUCAUAUCAUUUCAACUAUCCUCAAGUUGAAUUCAGAAGAAGCAAAAAGGAAAACUUUCUCUACCUGUAGUUCUCACCUUAUUGUUGUGGUUUUGUAUUAUGGCACAGCCUGCUUUAGAAACAUGAGGCCCAGCUCAGCCUCCUCACUUAUUGUGGAUGAAUUCUUUUCUAUUCAAUACAAGAUUUCAACACCAAUGCUGAACCCCUUUAUCUACAGCCUGAAAAAUAGAGAAGUGAAGGAAAUAAUAAAAAAACUAAUGGGCUAUAAACCCUUGAUCCCUUCUUCUUUGUAAACUGGUUUAAUGUUGGAUUAAUUGACCAUUCCGUGAGAAUUUAAUUGAGAAACAAAUGUAUUAUUUUGGAAAUGUAUUUAAAGACAUCUAGUUUGGCAUAUGUGGAAUAUAUUGGUUGAAUUCAAGACAAGGGAAAUUAAUUUGUAAAGUUUAGUAGGCUUACACUUAGUGAAAAAUAUUAAAUCAGACAAUAUGUAUUAGAAGAUAUUUUUCCCCUAAAACCUUGUCCCUAUAUCAACUUAUGAAGCAUAUACAUAAGUAGUAUACAACAGGGUUUCUCAGAAUCUGUAAUUGUAUGACAUCCUAAAGUAACAAAUGAAUUUGUGUGACCAUUCAUAAGAAUAGUGAUAUUGAUGAGGAUGAUCAUGAUAACUGGUAGGAGAACAAAACUUUUUACAUUUAUGUGCAGACUUUUGUGUGGGAAAUUUCUGUGCAACCUAAUAAAUAGUGAACAUAUGUUUCAAUGAAACUUUUAUUUAUUUACCUGCACUCAUAUUUUGUUUCUUCAUCUCCUCUUCACUCCAUUAAUCUGACACUGCUAUUAUGAAAUAUGCUACUAAAGCAUGCAAUAACUCCUAGGGAAGCCCACCGGCCUUUGAUGAUAGAAUAAGGAUUAUUUUGCUUUUUUACUGUGGUAGGCAUCACCUGCUAAGUUCAACUGUUUUUAAGGGGCAUG